CUAUCGCGCCAUCGCCACCGCCUCACCACCGCCCUCGUCGCCAAGUCGCCAGUCGCCUGCGGCAUCCUCGCCCAUUGUCGUCGCGUCCCGGCAUCCCUGGCUGCUCUGCGUCCCCCGCCGCGUCGCUUGCCUCACCCAACAGCCCGAUCAGUCACACCCGUCCUCGUCCUCCCGGCAUGCCCACGUCCACGAACAAUGGAAGCUGCGGCGAAAAAGGUCCAGUUGCUCACCCAGCGCAUCUUGCCCGAGAAGCCCCAUCACCUGUCGUACUCCCCCGACUGGCGAUACCGCAUCCCUGCCGACGACCACAAAUCCAAACACUUUGAGGAAUGGGAAAACCCCCGUUUGCAAUACACCACCCUCGUUUCAGAGGCAGAUCGUGGUGUCCUCCUUACCAGAUCCUACUACGACAUGCGUGUCGAACCCCACAAGCCUGUCCCGAGAGAGGUCAACAUCCUCUCCAAGGCCGGUGGCGAGAAGAAGAAGCUGUCUCUCAGCGACUACAAGAAUAAAAAGACCCCUGGUGUCACCUCCGAGACCACCCCGGAGCCCCCAAGUUCCAAGAAGCGGGAUCGAGAUGUUGAUCGCGCAUAUGGAGACUUGAAGCCCCUGUCCGAGAUGAGGAAGUCAGACGCCUACCGUGGAAGGGAAAACUCCCAUUCCAUCGAUCCAAAGCCACUAAAACCUCGCGAGAACAUUGUUGAUAUGAGGCUCCCUCCGAAACCACCCACGAAAGCGUCCCUCCCUCCCCGACCCAUGUCGCCGCCAGACAGCAGGAAGCGCAUGGCCGACCCCGAUGAUGAUCACCGAUCGCAGAAACGUUCACGACCAGACCCCAGUCGGACUUCCGACGACCGGUCGCGAUCGCGCGACGAACCCCCACGUCGCAAGGACCGAGAUUCGCUCGCGCCUUCAGAUUAUCCUUCUCAGCGGGACUCCAAACCCUCCGCAUCGUCGUCGCUCCUUAACGGCCGGUCCAGUCUGAAGGGCUCGACAGCCACCGCCCGUAACCCCUCGCCCGCGGGACGCGCGCGCGGCGAUUCGCUCAAUGGAUCUCGCCCCAACGCCUCGGGCACCGCAAAGAACACCCCCACCAAGCCCGACGCAUCUUCACGGCCAUCAGUCCCACCCUUGUUAUCGCCGCUGCACUUGAAUCUGGAUGGCCGCGACGGCGCAGAUCGGGUGGAGAGGAGAAAGGCACGCGAAGACGCCGUGGACGGCACAAGGCCAACAAAGCCCAAGAAGCAAGAAGAGCCUCCUCGGAUUAAGAGAGAGAAGUCUCCAUUGCCGGCUCGAAUGCCCCCGCUGCUAUCACCCACACUCCCACCUCUGUUGGAGGCCGAACUGUCCAAACGAGUGAAACUGGACGCCAAGUUGGAAGCCAAGCUGGACACCAAGCUGGAUACCAAGUCAGACGCCAAACCCCGGGACGACAAAGAUAGGGAGGAGCGAACCGAGCGACGGAGUGAAGAACGCCUUAAGGAGGAAAGAACCGCCUCCGCGACGGCUAGGAAGGCGCCUGUGGAGCAGGAUGAGGAUGAUUCGGGCGGGAAGGAGAAACGGAAGAGUCUGAUUGUGACGCUAUACAUCUCCAAGCGCAUCAGACAAUCGGUCAAACGCUACCUUGCAUUGCCACCGCGAAAGGAACCAUCACGACGAGAACGAUCCGUCAGCAUAGAGCCACCACCUGCGCAGGCAAAGAAGCGUCCCGUCAGCACGACCGAAACGAUAGUGGAUUCAAUAUCCGUCAAACGACCGCGAACAUCGUCCAUGUCUGCAUCAUCUCGACUCCCACCCCCUCCCUCGACCCCUUCCAAGAAGGGCACCACGGCGAUGUCGCGAGUCAGCUCCAACAACUCCCAGGUCCAUACUCCUGGCGAUCCAGUCACGGCGACUCCCUCAGCGCCUGCAUCUUCAGAGCGGCCUCUGGUUAAUGGCACAGAUGCCCCCCGGGCGGACAAGGCCGAGAUCCGGGCCAACUUCGAUAAACAGAACCGAUACUCUAACAUGGGUCGGCGCCUCAAACAUAACGGGGACGUGGCGAUGAAGCGGUCCAGCCAAGCUAAUGGCAGCGCACAACACCGUGAAUCGGGCGUAAAGCUGGGCUAUGUUCUCACUGUGGAGAGUAUCAUCGCCUUCAUGACAAGCUUCCAGGCACUCAAUGUGGGCCGUGGCCUUUCUGGAAAGGCAUGCGACCCGGCGAGUUGGGAGAGUCUGUUCCCGUUGAUGGAAUUCCUGCAAAAGGAGAUGCGGCGACUUGACAUGCGGCGGUACCAGCCGCUGUACGCCCUGAUUCUGAUGCUGCAAGCUGUGUCCGUUGAGGAAGUGGUCAAAUGCUACGGUACCUUUGAGAACCCAGCUGCCCACAUCUCCAUCCAGGAUCUCAUUCGUCAUGAACGCAACCGAGCUCGUCUCUGGCCUCUCGUCCGCGAGGCCAACGACAACAUCGAAUCAUCUUCCCUCCGCGCUUCGAUAAGCCCAUGGUCUUCCCUCGACGAGAUCUCCGGUGCCUCCAUGCGCAUUCUCCGCCACUGGUGCGCCGACGAGAACGUGGACUGGUCCCCCGAAGUUACCCUCUAGAAUCGCGGCGAUGACGGUGGCUCGGAAAGCCACACAAACUAGACGGGGCCCUCCCUGUCGGGGCGUGUCCCGGUGUUCUACUAGCUCACACACACUAUCACGACGAAAGAAGACGAAAGAGGCUUCACAUCCAUGUAUUAUGACUACUACUGCUACCAACACCAUACCGCAGCCACAUCCUCGUCGAUGCCGAGAGCAUCUCGGAGGAAUCAAGCAGCUCGCCGACCCAAUCGAUCUCCACCCUGGCUGUCAAACGCUGGCAACAGUCC